AAAUUCAUUUGCAGUCGACGCAGAAGCAGUGACACCAUCUGAAAUGGCUUCGAUUGCAGCUGACGGGUUCUUUUCAGGUAUCGUGCUGCUUUUGAUUGGAACUACCCACGGUUUUCCCUCAUUCGAUAAUACAGGGCAACUUCAGCCUAGGUUCCAAUGCUUGCAAUCCUGCUUAACUACUUCUGAGUACAAUCCUGUCCGCAGUAGUGAUAUGGUGAGCUACGACAAUGAGAGCAAAUUGAACUGCGCCAUCCAGUGCGGGUUAGAUAUCCGACUUGUAUACACGGGAAAAUGCCGAAGACCACCAAGAGAAUCAUUACCGCGUCUGUCCAGUACUAUCAGCGAAUGAACAAAAUCGAAAAGCACAACUUUCAAGAUCCAAUUAAAAUGUAUGUUACUCCAUUUUGGUCGCUCUAUUUCGGACUCAGCAUUAUCGAACGUAUGAAACACUUCAAGUCUUAAACCUUUAGAUCUC